ACCGUAGAAGAAGAAGACGGAGCGGAAGUAAACAGAGCAGGCUGGUGUCGCUGCAGCAGGUCCGUUUUUAACCUUUAAUUUAUUAAAAUAUUAAAUUUAAUAUUUUUAUUAAACUCUGUUCAGGGCUGUGACGUCACCACGUCCUCUCGGCUGCGCCUCCGUGUGCGUGUGCGUGUUUCCACGGUGAAGAGUGUGUGUGUGAGUGAGUGUGUACACACUCACACACACACACACACGAGUGUUUGUUUCUGAUGAUCGAUAAGUUUGAUCAUGUUCUGAAUGAUCUGAUCAGAUUAUUCAUGUUAAAGUUAAUCUGACAUUUGAAAACUGAACAGCUGAUCAAUGAGGAUCAAUAAUCAUCAAUAAUCAUCAAUAAUCACACACAGGUCUCUUAGAUCCGCUGAGUCCUUCUCUGUGAACCGGAUCACUGCAGACCCCCGAACCCUCGAACCCCGAACCUCCGAACCCUGGACUCUGGACUCACAUGCUGGUCUCUGUCCAGCUGACAGUAGGGGAGACCGGGGUAGGUUGAUCCAUCCCCGUUUCUUUUAAACGGUCAAAUAAAUGAAUCAUGUGACCUUAUGGAGAUGGUCAUCAGUUCAGACGCCUGAUUGGUUCCCUGCUGACUCCGCCCUCUGCUCUCCUUUCAGGCGGCGUCUAUCCUGCCUGUGAUGUCACAGUGAUGCGGCGGCGAUGUCCUCUUUGGUGCAGCAGUACCGUGACAUCAGCCCUGUGACCCUGCAGGUGGUGGGCGGGGCCGUGAGCUCCAGCCUGUACUGUGGCGAAGUGGAGGGUGUGGGUGGCGGUCUGGUGGAGGCCUUCCUGGUGGAGCUGUACCGCUGUAAACUCUGUCAGUUCACCUGCAGCCUCAAGGCCUCCAUCAGCAGCCACCUGCUGCUCAGGCACCGCCCACCUACCCUCACCUACCUGGGGGGAGGAGCAGACAGAGAGGGUGAGGCAGAUGACGGGGAGGGGGCGGAGCUCCGCAGGGCGCCGUCGCCGUAUCAGCUGGACCUGAACGGGGAGACGAAGCAGAGCGAGGAGGACGAAGACUUCCUGCUCUACAACAUGCUGGACAACAUGUCCCCGCCCACCUGUGACAUCAGCAGUGAGGGGGGGCUGCAGGUGGCCCACACCUGUGAGGUGACCACCUGACACACACACACACACACACACACACACACACGACAAAAUCAUCAGAUUCAGAAUCGCCUUUAUUGUCUUUGUACAACAAGAUCUGAGCGCCGCUUCGUUUGACAAUUAACGAUUCAAAUAAAAACACAAAGAAAUUAGGAGGCAGUAAUACACACAAAUACACACAGAUACACACAAAUACACACAAAUACACACAGAUACACACAGAUACACACAGUAAUACACACAGAUACACACAAAUACACACAGUAAUACACACAGAUACACACAGAUACACACAGAUACACACAAAUACACACAGUAAUACACACAGAUACACACAAAUACACACAGAUACACACAGAUACACACAGAUACACACAGGUUAGAUGUGUUGGGAUGUUAAAGGUGUUGUAGUUCAGGAUCUGAGGAGAAAUCUUGAAUGUAAACUCGACCCCUCCAACCAGUUUUCCCCUCAGCUCCUCCUCUCCCCUCAAGCCCCGCCCACAAACAGACGCUCCUGCUCGCUCGUAUCGUUCCAGUUAAAUUCAGAUAUAAUGCAGAUAAAUCCUUCAGAUCAUUACAAAUGGGGCCCAGUCAAGGUGAAAGUCAAAAGCAUUGGUGCUACUGUAGAUGCCAACAGACUACCAGCAAACACAAUGUUUGCAGGACUUCUACAACGAGGAUAAAGUGACAUAGUCCAGGACCCGAGGGAGGACAGUUUAGCGAUGGCGCUACAACACGCUACAGCAGGUCCGUUUGACAAGAAACACUUCUGUUACAGACACUUGUCUUACUUUGUUAAAGCGGUUUACCUGUCCAGCAGAAAGGUUACAGGGUCACCAAGAUCCCCAAGCGUCCCCCAUGGUUUAUGUUGACCCGGCUUUUUAGCUCUUGUCCGGUCUACCUCCGUUUUAAGCGCCCGUUAUUCCUCCAGAGUCUCCGGUAUUUACGUCGUUUUCUUGCUUGUGUCGGCAGUCGUGGCCAAAGGAGGAUUCAGACAAUUUUCCGAACUUUCUGGUUGGUUUCUACUGUCCGAUAUUGUAGCACGCUAACUUUGUUUGGGCUCCUGAACGACACGGGGGAGCAGUGUCUGCCUCACAACCAAUCAGGUUAGAGGAGGUGGAGAACGGCUUUGUUUACAGUCAGAAAGAGCGGACCGCUCAAAAAUGUUCAAAUGUUGACGACACAGACAGAAGAGAACACAGAGAUAUCGAUAUAUUACCAAAUAAUCAAUAACUAAUAACUAUUGACUGAUAUUAGAAGAUUUUUUGCUUCUUUAACGGUUUCCUGUCUCCUCCACCUUAAAGGUGAGGUGUAUCAUUCAGGUGAAGCUCCGCCCUCUUUGGUAGCUCUAAGUCUGUUUGUCUCUGAGGUGAAAUGCAUGCUGGGAACCUCCUCACGACUAACAGAUGUUGUUUUUUUCCUCCAUCAGGUCAGCACUCUGUUUGAGGAGGAGGAGGAGGAGCAGGAGGAGGAGCGAGGAGAGGAGGCGUCCCUCUUCCCUCUGAAGGCGGGGUCAGGUCUGUCCUGUCCCAUAAUCCCCUCUGCCUCUCAGGAGGAAAUGGCGCAGUCUGCCCACCUCAUGACUCUGGGUCUGUGCCGCAUCUCAGCCGCCAAACCUCCCCCUCCACCCCCGCCUUCUCUUAGCUCCUCCCAGCAUGCCCCUCCUCUUCCCGAUGACUCUACCCACCUGUCACUCAGCAGUCUGAGCAGAAGCUCCGCCUCCCCUCAGACGAGGAGGAGGAGCUUAUUGUGUUUCCUGUGUCCUCUGAAGCUGCCGUCCCGCCGGUUGCUGGAUGUCCAUGUUCGCUCUCACUGCGCCGCCGGUGGCUUCAGCUGCGUCUCCUGCGGCGUCACUGCGGACAGCUGGGAGGAGCUGGAACCUCAUUGGAGGAGCUGCAGAGGGAGUAGUGGAGGGGGGAGGAGGAAGGCGGGGCAGGAUCAGGAGGGGAGGAGGAAGAAGAGGAAGAAGAAGAAGAAGAUCAGCUGUCCCACCUGUCUGAAGACCUUUAGAAGCUCCGCCUCCAGAAACGCCCACCAACAAACACACAAUGGCUGCAGCAGGCGUCACCGUGACAACAGCUCAGGUGAAAACACCUUCGCCCUUUAAAGCCGCCAUGACACAGUAACAUCAGCUGGUAACAACAUUAAUAACAAUGUAAUUAUAAGGCUGAUGAUUAUUAGAAUACUGAUAAUUACAGUGGUAAUAACUGACACAGAGAGUUUAACACCUGUAAUAACACCUGUUAUAACAACUGUUAUAACAACUGUAAUAACACCUGUAAUAACACCUGUUAUAACAACUGUAAUAACACCUGUAAUUACAACUGUAAUAACAACUGUAAUGACAACUGUUAUAACAACUGUAAUAACACCUGUAAUAACAACUGUUAUAACCACUGUAAUAACAACUGUAAUAACAACUGUAAUAACACCUGUUAUAACAACUGUAAUAACAACUGUAAUAACACCUGUAAUAACACCUUUAAUAACACCUGUAACAACACCUGUAAUAACACCUGUAAUAACAACUGUAAUAACACCUGUAACAACACCUGUUAUAACAACUGUAAUUACAACUGUUAUAACAACUGUAAUAACACCUGUAAUAACAACUGUAAUAACAACUGUAAUAACACCUGUUAUAACAACUGUAAUAACACCUGUUAUAACAACUGUAACAACACCUGUUAUAACAACUGUAAUAACAACUGUAAUUACAACUGUAAUAACAACUGUAAUUACAACUGUAAUUACAACUGUCAUAAAAACUGUAAUUACAACUGUUAUAACAACUGUAACACCUGUAAUUACAACUGUAAUAACAACUGUAAUUACAACUGUUAUAACAACUGUAAUUACAACUGUUAUAACAACUGUUAUAACACCUGUAAUAACAACUGUAAUUACAACUGUAAUAACAACUGUAAUAACAACUGUAAUUACAACUGUAAUAACAACUGUAAUUACAACUGUUAUAACAACUGUAACAACACCUGUAAUAACACCUGUUAUAACAACUGUAAUUACAACUGUUAUAACAACUGUAAUAACACCUGUUAUAACACCUGUAAUAACACCUGUAACAACAGUGGUAAUUACAGUGUGUAAAUUAAAGUAGUAAAGCUGUAAUAUCUGUGGUUUAUAAACAGGUUAUAACAGGUAAUAAAAGGUUAUAACAGGUAAUAAUAGUGGUAAUGAUACUGGUAAUUGGUCGUGUAAUUACAGUGGUAAUUACCCAGGGCUGAACACGGUUAUAAUCGUGGUAAUAACAGGGAUUGUUUCCCUUAGACGGACAGAACCAUCGUCUGAUUCAACGAGCUGAUAGGAAGGAGGCGGGACUUAUCCACAGGUAGGUCCCUGACCUUCAUUACCUGUAAGAAGCUUUUAUUCUGAAAAUCCCAUCGAAAGUUUCCCUCAUUUUUCACAAACAGGAACUUUGAUCGUCUUUGUUAAAGUCGUCGGUUCACUUCCUCUUUUUCGUCAAAAUAAAGUCAAAAAAGUUGUUUUUAUUUUCCCUGUAAUGUUUAAAAUGACCGAUGUGAUCAGUUCAGUGUGUGUGUGUGUGUGUGUGUGUGUGUGUGUGUGUGUGUGUGUGUGUGUAGAUCUCAGAGCGUCACUGAGGACAUGAAGAAAGAAGAGCAGACAGGCUUCUCCUGUUCUAUGUGUGACAGGUAACUACAUUACCCACAAUCCAUCUCUCUGAAUACUUGAGCGGCUCAGUCAGGUGAGCGUGCUCAGGUAAAGGUGGAGCAGACAGGGGGGCGGAGUUUUCAGGAGUCAGAGGAGGAGCAGGAGAAACUCAGACAGAAAUCAUUGAUACUGUCGGCCACACCCACUGAAUGAGGUCAUUUUGACCCCUCCCCCACUUUGACCUCCAGGGUCAACCGUCUUCGCUGCAUCACUGACCAUUAAGCAGACAGGUGUGUAAACUAAAGUAGCGCUCUGAUUGGUCUGUGUUUUCUCUCUAACAGGAAGUUCUCCUCCAAACUGACUCUGAGGCGACACCUGGGGGUCCACGAGGGAAUCAAACCGUUCACCUGUCAGCACUGUCCCUACAGCAGCCGCCUGAAGGCCUCGCUGAGGCAACACCUGAGGACGCACACAGGUAACAACACACACAGGGAACACACACACAGGUAACAACACACACACACAGGUAACACACACACAGGUAACACACACACACAGGUAACACACACACAGGUAACACACACACACACACGCACACACACACACACAGGUGACACACACACACACACACACACACACACACACACGCACACACACACACACAGGUGACACACACACAGGUAACACACACAGGUAACACACACAGGUAACAACACACACAGGUGACACACACACAGGUAACACACACACAGGUAACAACACACACACAGGUAACAACACACACACAACACACACAGGUAACAACACACACACACACAGGUAACACACACAGGUGACACACACACAGGUAACACACACACAGGUAACAACACACACACAGGUAACACACACACAGGUAACACACACACACACUCUCACACACACACACACACGCACACACACACACACAGGUGACACACACACAAGUAACAACACACACACACACAGGUAACACACACAGGUGACAACACACACACAGGUAACACACACACAGGUAACAACACACACACACAGGUAACACACACACAGGUAACACACACACACACUCUCACACACACACACACACGCACACACACACACACAGGUGACACACACACACACUCUCACACACACACACACACGCACACACACACACACAGGUAACGACACACACAGGUAACAACACACACACACACACACAGGUAACAACACACACACACACAGGUAACACACACAGGUGACACACACACAGGUAACACACACACAGGUAACAACACACACACAGGUAACACACACACACACAGGUAACACGCACACAGGUAACACACACACUCUCACACACACACACACUGACCCCCUCAGGUGUGUGUUUGUGAGUUUCCUCAGUGACUGUAGGAGGUUACCGUAAAUCCUCUAAUAGAGGUUUUAUAUUUAGGACCCUCCUCUCUACCUGACCUGAGAUCCUGACCUGUGAUUGGAUGGAAUAUAUCAGGAUUAGGAUUAUAUGGGAUUAUAUCAGUGUCAGGAUUAGAGCGCACAGAGCAGCUGUGAGCAGCAGAGCGGAGAUCUGACGUGGUUGACCUCCUGCUGUACCUGUGUCUGCUCACCUGUGAGGUGUUUAUAAAGGGGGCUGAUCACAGAGGUGUGUGUGUGUGUGUGUGCGUGUGCGUGUCCAGGUGAGCGUCCGUACAGGUGUGCUGAGUGUGCGUACGCCUCCAUCGACCGCAGCUCUCUGCUCAGACACCGCCGCACUCACAGUCAGGAGCGUCCGUACAGGUGUGACCUCUGCGACUACAGCAGGUAACUCAGCUCCACUCUGCACCUGUGACUGUCAUCAGCUGGGCGGGACCUUUGGUUUCCACGGUAACACUCUGCCAUUUCCUGUCUCAGUAUCCAGAAGAAGAGUUUGGACCUCCACGCUCGCCGUCAUCACACAGGGGAGGCGUUUCCAUGCCAACAGUGCGAAUACUCCAGCCCAGACCCCCAGCUGCUGCAGAAGCACACUCGCCGACACCACGCCCCCUCCCAGCAUGCCUCACUGAUUGGACUGUGAGCCUUCAGGAGUGGGAGGGGCUAGUGAAUGGGUACUGAUGACAUCACACAGUGUGGUGAUGAUGUCAGAAUUAUUCUGUUUUUUUAUUGGUUGAUAUUUUUAAACAAUAAAGUUUAUUUUUGUAAACUUG